AUGCUUCCAGAAUACAUGAACAGGAGGGCAGAGUUUGUGGUGCCGCGCAAGACACUCACGCCUGCACCCGCUCACGCCUGCACCCGCUCACGCCAGCACCCUCUCACGCCUGCCACCCGCUCACGCCAGCACCCGCUCACGCCUGCACCCGCUCACGCCUGCACCCGCUCACGCCAGCACCCGCUCACGCCUGCACCCGCUCACGCCAGCACCCGCUCACGCCAGCACCCUCCAGCACCCGCUCACGCCAGCACCCGCUCACGCCAGCACCCGCUCACGCCAGCACCACCAACAGCUGCUCAGCACCCACCAACAGCUGCUCAGCACCCACCAACAGCUGCUCAGCACCCACCAACAGCUGCUCAGCACCCACCAACAGCUGCUCAGCACCAUUUGUGA